AUGUGGAUGGCACGUGCUGUGCGAUUCCAUUAUUGCGCUGCUUGCUGCUCGGGCGGGCGGUGGACGUAUUCCGUAUUUCGUAUUUCGUACCUGCCUGGCGGCACCCCACAUAUAAAGAGCGAACGGGAGACGGCAAGAGGUAGACACCCCACAUACACUAUACACUAUAUACACACACUAUACACACACACACAGUCGGUCAGACAGCAAUACACUACAGUACAGCCUGCCAUGGAGACGCCCGUGAAACAGCUCACCCUGGCACACCACAACAGGCACUACAGCCACCUGCUGCGUGACAUACUGCACAUCUACGGGAACGUCACGCCCAGGACUGUCAAGAAGAUCGCCACUGCCAACCUCUCAGAUAUAGACAGCGACUCCAUCGUGAUAUCCUUCACCGUGCCAGACAUCGCGCUGCCCAUCGACAAGGUCAUACUGUACCCUGCAGACUGUCUGGUUGGCUCCGACAAUGAAAAAUUCACCCGGUUGCUGCUGCAGACAGUGCACAGGACCGGGAAGUCUCUGGUGAAACUGAACACAUGCCUACCACCAGGCACGUUGCCGGACUUCCUCGUGUUGCUGCUGGUGCCCUUGCCCGUGGUGUGCUACUUCUUCGACCAGCUGCUGCUGUACAUCCCGCUGUUCGGGGAGGCACUGUACAACAAUCCAAACUACCUGCGCUGCAUUAUCGCACUGGAACUGCUGUGCCACCUGUGCGAAUCGCUGGUCUUUCUUAGACCGCUCAUGUACAAGUACAGCGUCCCUUUCGAUCUGCAGAUCGAAUGGUACAUGUGGGGACUGCUGGAAGGUUACGGCCCUGUAAGAAGAAUCAAUCAGCACAUCGGCAGCAAUUCGAAAUAA